GCUACUUUGACCCAAGAAUUUGCUCUAAAAUUAUACAAAGAUAUGUAUGAAAUUCGCCGAAUGGAAAUGUUGGCUGCCGAUUUGUACAUGAAAAAGAUCAUUAGAGGUUUUCUACAUUUGUAUGCUGGUCAAGAAGCUUGUGCUGUGGGCCAGAAACUGGCCAUGAGAGGGGAUGAUAAGGUCGUGACCUCCUACCGAUGUCAUGGAUGGGCCUAUUUAAUGGGCUUAACACCAACCCAAAUAUUAGGCGAACUGGCUGGUCGAGAAGUCGGAGCUUCUCGAGGCAAAGGCGGUUCAAUGCAUUUGUACGCCGAGAAUUUUUUUGGGGGCAACGGCAUAGUUGGAAGUCAUGUGCCAUUGGGUACCGGAGUAGCAUUUUCUGUAAAAUAUCGAGGAAGAAAAGAGAUUGUUUUAACCAUCUAUGGUGAUGGAGCUGCUAAUCAAGGACAAGUUUUUGAAUCCUUCAACAUGGCAAGUCUUUGGCAAUUGCCAGUAGUCUAUGUUUGCGAAAAUAAUAUGUACGCAAUGGGUACUCAUAUAAGUCGAGCUUCAGCAAAUCCGGAAUUCUACAAACACGGAAUAAAUUUUCCGGGCAUUAAAGUAGAUGGAAUGGAUGUAAUGUCUGUUUAUGAAGCAACAAAAUUCGCCCGACAAUAUGCUUUAACCCAUGGGCCUAUUAUAUUAGAACUGGAUACAUACAGAUAUUUCGGUCAUUCGAUGUCAGAUCCAGGAACAAGUUACAGAUCCAGAAAAGAAAUUCAAGAUGUUCGGAAAACACGGGAUCCAAUUAUGCAAUUUAAAAAUAAAGUUUUGGCUGCAAAUUUAGCAACUGAAGCAGAUUUUAAGGUAAUAGACAGACAAAUCCAACGAAGAAAUAAAUCCAAUAUUCAUUAA